GCACUCUGGGAUACUGAUAGGCUGGCGCGUUGCAUUUUGGGAUAGCUUGGCCAAAGAUGGCGACGUCUUUAGGAUCCAAUACGUACAACCGGCAAAACUGGGAAGAUGCGGAUUUUCCCAUCCUCUGCCAGACUUGUCUGGGGGAAAACCCCUACAUCCGUAUGACCAAAGAAAAGUAUGGGAAGGAGUGCAAGAUCUGUGCACGGCCCUUCACAGUGUUCCGCUGGUGCCCGGGGGUGCGAAUGCGCUUCAAGAAGACUGAGGUGUGCCAGACGUGCAGCAAGAUGAAGAACGUGUGUCAGACGUGCCUGCUGGACCUGGAGUACGGCCUGCCGAUCCAGGUGCGCGACACGGGAUUGGCGGUCAAGGAUGACAUGCCAAAAUCAGAUGUGAACAAGGAGUACUACACCCAGAACAUGGAGAGAGAGAUCCAGACCUCGGAUGGGACGAGACCUGUGGGCCAGCUGGGCAAGGUUCCUGGUUCCAGCGACAUGCUGCUGAAGCUGGCCCGCACCACGCCGUACUACAAGAGGAACCGGCCACACAUCUGCUCCUUCUGGGUGAAGGGCGAGUGCAAGAGGGGCGAGGAGUGUCCUUACAGGCAUGAGAAACCCACGGACCCAGACGAUCCCCUGGCCGACCAGAACAUUAAGGACCGUUACUACGGCAUCAAUGACCCUGUGGCCGACAAGCUGCUGAAACGGGCCUCUGCCAUGCCCCGGCUGGACCCGCCUGAAGACAAGACCAUCACCACUCUGUAUGUGGGUGGACUGGGAGACACAAUCACCGAGAUGGACCUCAGGAACCACUUCUACCAGUUUGGGGAGAUCCGCACCACCACCAUAGUCCAGAGGCAGCAGUGUGCCUUCAUCCAGUUCGCUACCCGGCAGUCGGCCGAGCUCGCCGCUGAGAAAUCCUUCAACAAGCUCAUCAUCAACGGCCGAAGGCUCACCGUCAAGUGGGGCAGGUCCCAGGCUGCACGUGGCAAGGAGAAGGACAGGGAUGGGCUGAGCGAGUCGGGGAUGAAACUGGAACUGGUGCCAGGCCUUCCUGGAGCUCUGCCUCCACCCCCAUCAUCAGAAGAAGAUACUUCUGCCAACUACUUCAACCUGGGCCCCAGCACAUCCCCCUCCGUCAUGAACAUGAGCCUACCUCCGCCACCUGGCAUCACAAACCCACCACCUCCAGGUUUUGGGCCUCCCAUGUUUCAUUCCAUGGGUUCCAUGGGUCCUCCUCCACCUCCACCCAUGUCCUUGAGACCUCCUGGUCAGAUCCAUUACCCUUCCCAAGAUCCUCAGCGCAUGGGUGCCCACGCCAGCCGCCACGGUGGAUCCUAGUUUUACGGCUGCCUUGGGAGUCCCACACCUCUCUAGUCUCUUAAAGUGGGAAAUGGCUUUUAAAAUGGCUGGUUCCACAGUUACUUAAUACGUUUUCCAGUUUUAACUCUAACUGAAGCUAAAUAAUAUAAAUUAAAACAUUCCCCAGGCUUCAAGUUUUUAAGUCAUCAGGCAGUUACUUGAAUUGUAUUGUUUUGCAGAAACCGUUCAUUUUUAUUGAGGUCGUCUGUGUCGGUCUGAAUUCUGAGAUGGGUUAAAUCUUUGAGACCCUUGGAUCUGUGCUGUGUGUAAACCAUGGCUGUGUCCCUCUGGAGUUUUUAACAGUCCCCUCGUCUGUGGGUCUCAGCCUGCAGUACUGCUUUGUGUUUGGGGGUCGGAGUCGGUUUGUCGGUGUGGUUUUUAGGGAGGUGGAGCAGAAGGAUGCUGACUUCUGUAUUGUGAAAAGCCUGGUGAGAACGACCGGACCCAGAUGCCAGAAGACGAGUACAGCACAGUACAGGAAUUGUGACUUACGGAGACACGCACGUCUUGCUCCUGACCUUCAAUGUGACUCGCUUGCCGGGAAAUAGGACUUUUUCUGAGUGCUGAACAUGGAGGCAUAUUUCCUGGUUUGCUCGUCUUGCUUAAAGCAUAUUUGCUGGACCCUUUUAAGGAACAUAUGUCAUAUAUUUACCGUGGAAACCGUAUUGUCACUUAUCCCCUGCAUUUGUCAUUUGAUAGUUGGAUUUUUGUUUUAAGUCUUGGAUAUGUAUCUAAGAUAUUCAGCAGUGUUUUCUAAAUGUCUUCCUUACACCAUGUGAAUCCUGAAGUGGUCAGGAGUCAUUCCUCCUCCGACGUUUUUCAGGUCCGGAACAAACCCCCGUCUGCUAGUCGUUUGUCAUUCUCUUUAACGUAUAAAACAUUUUUCAAUAAAAAAAGCUGUCAUAGUAAUUUAUUUCUCACAGGUCGUUUUUUUUUUUUCUUCAUUAUUACAGACAAACUCCUUUGGACGAUUAGACACUGGUGUAGCAAAACAUAACUUUUUUUUUUGCACCUUCUACAGCUAGAUGCUAUAAACAGCAAACAUUUUUAAUUUGAUUGUGCUUGUUCUUAUGUGUAUUUAUUUUCUGGAGCAGGAUUGUAUUAAUAUCAUUCAUCCAUUUACAAAAACAUAACUAAAUAAAAAACGGCAGCAUAAGAAGAUUUAGUUAUCUAAUUUGACCUGUGCAGUAACUGAUCUAGCCCUGUUUGUGAUAGAUUGUGUGCUUGUGUAUUGAUGUUGCUGUUCUGGUGAGAAGCAGGUGGCUUGCUGAAGAUCUGGGGGUAUUCCGUUGUUUUCAUUGUGUAAAGGCUUUUUCAGGGGUAGGGUUAUGUCUGUAUUAUUGGGGAUGCCUGUCUUGCUGUGAAAGGCAUGGAUUUCAAAGAUGUUCGUUUGUGUCCUAAGCAACAGAGAUCAGACCUGGUAUGUUGUACAGUGUGAGCCAGGAAGACCCAGCUGGUGUCUCAGACUCAACCCAAAGGGUGUCUUCAUAGGUCUUUCUACGUGGAACCUUUAGAGGUAAUUUUUUUUCAGGUUUUCCCACAUGCUGGAACAUGGACGGUGUCACUGUUGAAUGUCGUAAGAACCAUUAGGUGAUAGUCUGGUCAUUCAGUCCCUCAUAGUGCAGCUUGGUGUUUUCAGGCGUUCUCCGCCCCGGCUCACAGUUCAUUAGACUCUGGGGUGUACAGCUUUCCCCAGCCACGUGGCGCCCGGUUAAAGUUGGGGCGAUGGGCCAGGCGGUCCCAGGUCUUGCUGGGUUCUGGUGGGGUUUCCUGGCACUCAAACACCUGGA